CUACAGUACAACACAGGGGAGUGAGUGAGCAAGACAAAGAGAGGGAGUGAGAGAGAGAGGGAGCAAGAGAGAGAGGGUGGAGAGAGAAAAAAGGAUACUGAGUGAGAGGAAACAGAGGAAGAAAGAGAGAGAUCACAAACGACUUCACAUGAGAUGAAGUUCUGAAUGAACUACAGCCUUGUAUUUCCUAGCCAGUGGCUUUGCCUAGUUAAGUGAUCUAGAGAGGAGCGGAGAAUCGUUGAGCUGACACUGCCUUAUCUCCGUAUUGGGUGAGAGUAAACUCAGGAUGUGGCGGACUGUGUUGUUGUUGUGUGUGAGUGCCACGCUGGUGCAGUGCCAGUUUCCACGGGAGUGUGUGACAGCUGAGGGCCUGCGGAGUGGCCAGUGUUGCCCCUCUCCACCAGGGACCACCGAUGACCCCUGUGGUGUCAGCCAGGGCAGAGGAGCAUGUGUGUCUAUAGUGGCUGACAGGCGCCCCCAUGGUCCACAGUACCCCCAUGAUGGCAGGGAUGACAGGGAGCGUUGGCCAAUACGCUUCUUUAACCGCACGUGUCAGUGUGCUGGAAACUUCUCCGGCCACCACUGUGGACGCUGCCGUCACGGCUUUUCUGGACCCAACUGUGAUCAGCGUGUGACAGUGGUCCGCCGUAACAUAAUGCAGAUGAGUGCGGGUGAAAAGCAAGCAUUUGUAAACGCACUGGACAUGGCCAAGCGCACUGUCCACCCAGACCUGGUCAUCUGCACCCGUCGCUACCAAGACAUCUAUGGGGCGGAUGGUAACACCCCACAGUUUGAGAACAUCACCAUCUACAACUACUUUGUGUGGACACACUUCUUCUCUGUCAAGAAGACCUUUAUGGGAGCAGGGCAGCCCAGCUUUGGUGGAGUGGACUUCUCCCAUGAAGGUCCGGGAUUUGUCACCUGGCAUAGAUAUCACCUGCUGCAUCUAGAGAGAGACAUGCAGGAUAUGCUCCAGGACCCGACGUUUGCCCUGCCCUACUGGAACUUUGCCAUCGGGGGCACAGAGUGUGACAUCUGUACAGAUGACCUGAUGGGAGCACGCAGCAGCUUUUUGAGCAACGGGAUCAGCCCAAACUCUGUAUUUUCACAAUGGAGGGUCAUCUGUGAGAGUGUGGACGACUACGACACAUUGGGCACCAUUUGCAAUAGCACUGAAACCAGUCCCAUCCAGAGGAACCCUGCUGGCAACGUGGCCCGGCCCUUGGUGCAGCGUCUGCCUGAGCCUCAAGAUGUGGUGGACUGCCUGGAGCUCAACGCAUUCGACACGCCGCCCUACUACUCCACAUCAUCCCAGAGCUUCAGGAACACGAUAGAAGGUUACAGUGCCCCUCAAGGUGGCUAUGAUCCCGUGGUGCGCAGCCUCCAUAACUUGGCCCACCUCUUCCUGAACGGCACGGGCGGUCAGACACACCUCUCCCCCAACGACCCCAUCUUUGUCCUGCUGCACACCUUCACUGAUGCCAUUUUUGAUGAGUGGCUGAGGAGACAUAGUCCAGGUGAAGUUGUUUAUCCAGAAGAAAACGCCCCUAUUGGACACAAUCGGCAAUUUAACAUGGUGCCAUUCUGGCCACCUGUGACCAAUGCUGAGAUGUUUGUGGCAGCUCCAGACAACCUGGGAUACACGUAUGAGGUUCAGUGGCCAACUCGUGCUUACACUCUGUCUGAGAUCAUCACCAUUGGGAUCGUUGUUGCCGUGCUGGUGGUAGCUGUGAUAGGUGGAGUCAUUUUCUGUGCCAUUCGAGCACGGUCCUACAAUGCUGAAGGCCUGGAGCCAUUGCUUGGGGAACAGUUCCGGCGUUACUCGGAAGAUGAGAGACGAGUAGUGGAUAAGAUCCAGUCUGUGGUCUAAGGGGGGCGGUUGGAGUGGUUCUCUGUAUUUGUGCUUUUAUAAUUAUUUUUCGUGACCCCAUCAGGGGAAAUAAAGUCAUA